CAAGCACAACAACUCGAACUUACAUGCGAGCCAAAAAGUUCUGCUCUCUGUCUCUUUAUUUUUAGUAGAGAAUAGAGAUCAAAGUUUUGAUUUUAAUGUUGAAAGAAGUUUGUUUCCUGGAGUUUCUUUCUUCUCUUUUUUCUCGGAAACCAAACACGGCAGCCAAUUUUUUUGGGCCCGUUCAUGAUUUUUCCCUUUUUUAGAGUUGUAAGAAAAUACAUUGAACCUGGACGGCAUUUGGGAAUUGUCUUAUUUGUAAGUUUAAGUUCUUUUGUUUAUUCAUCAAUGAUGAUUAUGGGGUAUUUGGAAACAUAAGGACCAUCAAGUCUGGCGUACUUAAUGGGAAGGUGCUAUCUGUUUUUGGGUGAUUGAGUGCCAGGUUUUGACAAGGAAAGAUCUUUUUUGGUUUGAGAAGGGUAAUCCUGUUGUCCACUAUCAACGGCUUUCAUGAGGAGUACAUGAAUAUGGAGCAGCCAGUGUCUUCAACAGUAUAUUCAACAGACAAAGAGCACGAAACAAAAGAUAUGGACAUUAGAAGCCUGUCAUCCUCUCAUCCUCAGACUCCUAACUCACCACAUACACACAAGGUUGGAAUUCCCCCUAAGCAAAACCUCUUGAAAGAAAUCAAAGCUACUGUGAAGGAGACAUUCUUUGCGGAUGAUCCUCUGCGUCCUUUCAAGGACCAACCAAGAUCAAAAAAGUUCAUCCUAGGCAUCCAAACCAUCUUCCCUAUUCUUGAGUGGGGUAGGAGUUACAAUUUCACCAAAUUUCAAGGGGACAUCAUUGCUGGACUGACCAUUGCUAGUCUCUGCAUUCCUCAGGAUAUUGGGUAUGCAAAACUUGCAAAUUUGGACCCUCAGUAUGGAUUGUAUACCAGCUUUGUUCCACCAUUGAUAUAUGCUUUCAUGGGUAGUUCUAGAGAUAUAGCAAUAGGACCAGUAGCUGUGGUUUCUCUCUUGAUGGGGACUCUGCUUGAGAAUGAAGUUGAUUCCAAAAAGGAUGCAGAAACAUAUCGGAGGCUAGCAUUCACAGCUACCUUUUUUGCAGGAAUCACCCAAGCAACCCUUGGAUUUUUCAGGUUGGGCUUCUUGAUUGACUUCUUAUCACAUGCUGCUGUUGUUGGUUUCAUGGGUGGAGCUGCCAUCACAAUUGCACUCCAGCAGCUUAAGGGUCUUCUUGGAAUAAAAGAUUUCACAAAGAAAACUGAUAUAGUUUCCGUAUUGCACUCAGUGUUUGUCUCAGCCCAUCACGGAUGGAACUGGCAGACUAUAGUUAUUGGUGUGAGCUUUUUAGCUUUCCUCCUAUUUGCCAAGUACAUUGGAAAAAAGAACAAGAAACUCUUCUGGGUGCCUGCAAUUGCGCCACUGAUAUCUGUUAUUAUGUCAACUUUUUUUGUGUUUAUAACCCGUGCAGAUAAGCAAGGGGUUCAAAUUGUGAAACACAUAGAGAAAGGAAUAAAUCCCUCCUCUGUGAAGGAAAUAUAUUUCAGUGGUCACUACCUUCCAAAAGGUUUUAAGAUUGGAGUUGUGGCUGGAAUGAUAGCAUUAACGGAAGCCAUAGCAAUUGGAAGAACAUUUGCUGCCAUGAAGGACUAUCAACUAGAUGGAAACAAAGAAAUGGUGGCACUAGGAACCAUGAAUAUUGUUGGUUCGAUGACUUCUUGCUAUGCGGCAACAGGUUCAUUUUCUCGUUCAGCUGUAAAUUACAUGGCUGGCUGUCAAACUGCUUUCUCCAACAUUGUUAUGUCUUGUGUUGUAUUUCUCACCUUGCAAUUUAUCACACCGCUUUUCAAGUAUACCCCAAACGCUAUUCUUGCUGCCAUUAUUAUAUCUGCUGUCGUUGGCCUAAUUGAUUUUGAGGCAGCAAUUUUGAUAUGGAAGAUAGAUAAAUUUGAUUUCAUUGCUUGCAUGGGAGCCUUCUUUGGUGUAGUUUUUUCAACCGUGGAGAAAGGCCUCUUGAUUGCGGUCUCAAUAUCCUUUGCCAAAAUUCUCCUACAAGUUACCAGGCCCCGGACUGCAAUUCUUGGGAAGCUACCUGGGACAACUGUGUACAGAAACAUUCAACAGUAUCCAGGAGCAACCAUGGUUCAGGGUGUUUUGAUUGUGAGAGUUGAUUCGGCAAUUUACUUUUCAAAUUCCAAUUAUGUUAGAGAGAGGAUACUGAGAUGGUUGACAGAUGAGGAAGAAAAGUUGAAAGCAUCAUACCAACCGAAAAUCCAGUUUUUGAUAGUGGAGAUGUCUCCUGUUACUGACAUUGACACCAGUGGCAUCCAUGCCUUGGAAGAGUUAUACAAGAGCCUCCAGAAGAAGGAUGUUCAGCUUAUUCUGGCAAAUCCUGGUCCUGUGGUGAUUGACAAGCUCUAUGCGUCCAAUUUUGCAAAUACAAUUGGCGAGGACAAAAUCUUCCUUACAGUUGCAGAUGCUGUGGCUUCAUGUUCUCCAAAAUUGGCAACAGAAGUUUGAGAAAAACCAGAAUGAGCUUGGUGGGUUUUGCAUAUAUAAAUGGGGGGUUAUGGAGCUAAUAUUUUAUACUAGAGUAGUAGAUGGUGGGCCUGUUUAUCCUGCAAAAUGCCAAAACACAGGAAAAAAGUUACUGCUUUCCAUUUGCACCAAGGGAUAAGGCUCGAGGGGAAAUUAUUAAAAAACAAAAAGCCACAGAGACAGCAAAAAAGAAAUGGCCAUAGAAUUAAUUGCUACUGUAUUAAGCUUUUGUAUGAGAUGAGUCGACAAAAAGCCUCAUUUCCUCUGAUUCCACACUCCUUCCAAGUUUUUCUCUCUUUUUUUUCUUUUUUCAUGGAAAAUACAUGAUACAAUGGCAGCUAAUCAAUUACUUUCCUCAGGAUUAUA